UAGAGAAGUGCUUCCACCCGCAAACAGCGCACCGGAAGCGGAAGCGGGCCUAGGCCGUCCCUUGAGCGGCCAUCUUGGAAGCUGAGCGGCGGUAGCAGCGGAGAGGCUGCGGUGGGUGCGGUGGGCUAAGUCCCAGCGCGGGUGCGGCUCACGGCGCGGGCCCCACUCUUCCGCACCCUGCUCUGGCCUCGACCACGGCGAACCUGAACGAGGCAGCGGCCUCAGGGAGAGAUCCAGACAGACGAUUAGGAAGAGAUAAGGCCACAGUCCAUUGUAAGCUAACAAGUGCAAACGAAUAUACCUUUUUGUGCUGGGCAAGUUGAGCUCUCUGGCCCACAUGGCUUCUGAAGCUAAGAACUUGGGGACAAUGCUUUCUGGAAGCAUUUCUUGGCCAUGCUGGACUGUAACCUUGUUCCUGGUGUGAGCAUUCUUGGAUGCAUCAGGCAAAAGCCCUUGAUUCUGCCAGAAAGAUGAGCAAUAACAGCAAUAAGAGAGCUCCAACAACAGCAACACAAAGGUUGAAACAGGACUACCUUCGAAUUAAGAAAGACCCAGUGCCUUACAUCUGUGCAGAGCCCCUCCCUUCAAAUAUUCUUGAAUGGCAUUAUGUUGUCCGAGGCCCUGAGAUGACUCCUUAUGAAGGUGGCUAUUAUCAUGGAAAACUAAUUUUUCCCAGAGAAUUUCCAUUUAAGCCUCCUAGUAUUUACAUGAUAACCCCCAAUGGAAGAUUUAAGUGCAACACAAGGCUGUGUCUCUCCAUCACAGAUUUCCACCCAGACACAUGGAAUCCAGCGUGGUCCGUCUCCACCAUUCUAACAGGGCUCCUGAGUUUUAUGGUGGAGAAAGGCCCCACCUUGGGGAGCAUAGAGACGUCAGACUUCACAAAAAAACAGCUGGCAGCACAGAGUCUAGUGUUUAAUUUAAAAGAUAAAGUCUUUUGUGAAUUAUUUCCUGAAGUUGUGGAGGAAAUUAAACAGAAACAGAAAGCACAAGAUGAACUAAGUAACAGGCCCCAGAAUCUUCCUUUGCCAGACGUGGUUCCUGAUGGGGAGAUGCACCGUGGCCAGAAUGGGAUCCAGCUCCUCAAUGGGCAUGCCCCUGCUGCUGGCCCAAACCUUGCUGGGCUCCCACAGGCCAACAGGCAUCACGGACUCCUGGGCGGCGCUUUGGCGAACUUGUUUGUUAUAGUUGGGUUUGCUGCCUUUGCCUACACGGUCAAGUACGUGCUGAGAAGCAUAGCACAGGAGUGAGGUUCACAAGCCACAGCCUACAGUUGCUGCUGAGGGACACAGGGGCCAGAGCUUGGUGCAGGCGUGGUGGACAUGCUGCUGAGCACAGGGUGGCCUGCCGGACUCCUGGGCGUCACUUUUUAAAAACCUUAAAAAGAAAGCAAAAACCAAAAUGUGAUUUGGAGGAGAUUGGAGGCUCUUGACUGCCUCUUGAGGUUGACAUUGGCAGUGCCACUCACGCUUUGGUUUAUUGCUUACCUCCUGUGUUGUCUUUUGAACCUGUUUAGUAAACCUGUUUUGUUUGUUUUGU